AAAACAUCGAGUAAAACUGCACACCGGGAAAUGAUCAGAUAGAAAGAAGUGGAUUAUUUAGAAAAGUAGCCUCAUUUUAUAACAUAUUGUGAAAAACGGUGUAUUCAUGCAUUAAAGUGUGUGUGUGUGAGUGUGAGUGUGUGUGUAAGAGAGAGAGGGAGAGCCCAUCACAGCAGUCAGACCGCUGGAAAACGCUCGUGAAGGAUUCUUAAACUUUUAUUAGUUUGAAGUGAGCUGUGCUGAGAUCGGUCCGAUGAGGGUUUCUGUGGGAUUUGGACGCAGAGUGGAAACUUUUUUGUGACUUCUCUUUUUGCUCUCUAGGAUUUAACUUCAGCUCUGCAGUUUGGAGCUGGUGAAGACGCGUUUCAGAGACCAACAGCCAGCACAGAGGUGACAUACAGGUGCUGUCAGGAUCCCAGAACAACUCGUCCAAACUGAACUCUGGUCUCUCCCAGUAGCCAUGGCUGCCAAUGUCACCCCUCAGAGUUGCGGCCCUAACGUGGACUCCCUCUAUUACAACCUGUGUGAUGUUAGUGUCGUGUGGGGCAUCGUGCUGGAGGCCUUUGCAGCGGCUGGCAUUGUCUUCUCCUUUGUGCUUUUCAUCUCGCUGCUGGCCAGCGUGCCCUUCACACAAGACAAGAACCGCAAGAGCUCGGUGGCUCCCCAUGCCUGCUUCCUGGUCUGCACUGCCGGUCUCUUCUGCCUGACCUUUGCCUUCAUCGUGGGACAAGACUUCUCCACCUGUGCUUCGCGAAGGUUCCUCUUCGGGGUGCUGUUUGGCGGCUGCUUUGCCUGCCUACUGAUGCAGUGUGUGAGGCUGAACAUCCUCGCCAGGCAGAACAGCGGACCCCGGGCUAGGGCCUUAUGUCUGGGAGCAGUAGGGCUGUGGCUGGUGGAGGUGGUCAUCAACACCGAGUGGCUGAUCAUCACAGUGGUGCGCCACCCACAGGGGCCACUCAACGGCACAGCCGAAACUGGCAGAGCCAUCGCUACGCCUUGCAACAUCGCCAACGAGGACUUUGUCAUGGCGUUGAUCUACGUGAUGAUCCUGAUCCUGGCUGUGGUUGUGGCGAGUCUGGCCAUCAUGGCGGGCAAACACAAGCAGUGGAAGAGGGAUGGGGCCUUUAUCCUUCUAACCAGCUUGUUCUCUGUGUGUAUUUGGGUGGCGUGGAUCGUCAUGUACAUCUACGGGAAUGAGAGGAGUGGGGGGCCCACAUGGGAUGACCCCACCUUGGCCAUCGCCUUGGUGGCAAAUGCAUGGGCGUUCCUCAUCCUCUACACCAUUCCUGAUAUCUGCUGUUUGGCCAGUGAUGAUGAAAGCCAGCAAGUCUUCGGGGAAAAUCUGCACUCGAACCGAGGAGUCGGCUACGAGACGAUCCUGAAGGAACAGAGCUCCCAGAACAUGUUCAUGGAAAAUAAGGCUUUUUCUAUGGACGAGCCCAACCAAGCGUCCAAGCCUGUGUCUCCAUACAGCGGCUACACCGGUCAGUUGCGUAGUUCAGUCUACCAGCCCACUGAGCUGGCUAUCAUCAGCAAAGCGGUGGGAAAUCACCCUCCGGACUCGUCCAAUGACAUGUUCAUUCCCAGAGCUUCCACCAUCUCUGCAGCCAACAGCGGGAGCAGCACCCCCUCAACACACACUGAGAUCGGGAACACUGCAUACACACAAACAAAUGGAAAUAGCGGGAAUGGUCUGCAUAGGAUGACCCAGUGGUGAACAUGCUGUGGCUCUAAACACCCAGUUACAAUAAUUUCAGUUAAUGUCUUUUCAUUUGCACUUGCUGACUGUAUGUUGCUGUUAUUCAUGGUUCCCUAAGCUGGUUCUAAGAGGAACCCUCAGCCCUGGCAUGUGGAGGUGAACUCUGGGUCAUCACCUCUGAUGGAAAACAGCUAAACCCUCUUUUGACUGAUUUCCCAUUUGCCACUGGGUAUCCGACAGUAUAGAGCUUCAUUUGGAAGUCAAAGCGAGGGGAUGAAGCCGUGGCUUUGCUGCAGAACAAAGAUGUUUUGCAACACAGUGAACUGUGAGCUCUCUGCUGGAUCCAAUCACACGAUGAAGAGUGAUGGUGCUGACGGUUUAAAAACAAAAUGGCUGAAGAGAAUAGUUUAACUGAAUGUUGGGAAUGUCUUUGGCCCAAUAUGAUAUUCACGUGUACACACAUGUGUAAAAGUGCACCCCUUCUUCCUACACACACUAUAAACAAAUUGUGACUUCAGCGGCAGCCACGCACCAAUGAAACAUUCCUUACUCAGUUUGGCAUGAAGGCAACACAGGCUGGAAAAAAAGAAACACUAUCAGAAGGAUUGCAUUCACUAUAGGAGUCAAUAUUAUUAUAUUUUUGUGCCUGGAUUGUGAAUAUUGUUAAUAACCACAAAGUUCACACACAAAAUUGAGCUACUGGUGUUGAAUUAAUGUAAAUAUGUUGUUAAUGUGUCAAUGGCUCUACACUGCAUGGAAGCAUUGUAUGAAUAUGUAUAUUUAAUAUUAUUUAUAGCACAACUGUGUGCCAUUUCAUUAUUUUAUCUAAUUUCUACCAAUCAAACAAUCAUGAGAAUAGAGAGGUGACAUCUCACCUGUGAUUAGCUUGUUUCACUAGCUUAUAAUGCUCAAUGUAAUUUCUCAUAGAAGGUUUCUUUUAUCAUUAUGUCUGAAAAACAGAACAUGAUACUAUAGGUGAUGCUUUUGUGUCCAUAUUCUCAGAUAAAAAUGUAUCCACUACUUUACCUAACAUUUGAGAUCCUUGUCAUUUUAACAAAGAUGAAAGACUGACUGUUGCUAGCCUUCAUAUAACACCAUGUCCCUGAAUCCUAGCUACAGAAGCACCAUCAAAGCCUCAUGGGAGUGUAGAUUUUGAAUGUUCACAAAAUAAUCAAAGACUGUGUCCGAAACCAUUCACUGUUCACUAUGCAGUCCACUAUAUAGUGUGUUGUCUGAAUGUAUAGUGAGAUUUAUUAUGCCCUAUAUAUGGGACUCAAAUGAUCCCACAAUGCAUCAUAAAAAGUAUCUAUGGUCCCUAACUCAAAGCUAACUACCGUCAUGCAUUGUGCAGACAGGGAAUGAAAGGAACCUGAAUACGGCUGCAUCUAACUAUCAAUGUCAUUAAUGAUUCAUUUGUACAUUUUUUAAAUGAUUAAUCAAUUAAUCAUUUAGUCUGUUAAAUCUCAGAGACUUGGCUUCUCUGAGCCAAAGCUGGCUUGUUUUGUCAGGCCAACAGUGCAAACCAAAGAUAUGCAAUUUAUAAUAAAAGAAAACAGCAAAAAACAACAAACUCUCACAUUUGAGAGGCUGGAAUCAGUGAAUGUUUGGCAUGUUUCCUUGAUAAAUGACCUAAACGUUUAUCAAAAAAGCUGGCGAUUAAGCACUAAACCUGAGUAAUGUCUGAAAUUGUUUUGCGCUUUUUCCCCACCAUCUGACACAUUACCUCGUCUACACAGAAUUCCCUUUAUAACGUGAUGUGAAUAGUGAAUGAUUUUGGAUAUAGUAGACACAAACUUUGUUUAAUUAUUGACAGAAAACAUCAUUGUCAUGUUUCAACUGCUGGAAAGACAAAUGAAGGAAACCCUUAAAGAGAACAUAUAUUGUCUGGCCGAGGCUGGAAAAGAUCUCAAAAAGAGGGAUAGGACUUGUGACACUGACACUGUGUGAUUUGUCUUUAAUAUACAGCAAAUAAAUAUUCACUUGUGAUGUUA